AGAAACUGAUAUUGUUAUUGCUCUACUCGUCCCACGAUAGGCGGAUGAUAGCGGACGGACGCGUAACACGUCACGGACCGCCGCCACGGCGACGCCAUCGCGCCCAACCGGAAUCGCGGCGAUGUUCUGCUCACGACGUCACGACGCGGUACCUAUCGAACGACACGUCUUCCUCGCCGCGCCACAGUCGCCCAGCCAUCGAUUAAUAAUAGUAAUAAUGAUAUUAUUAUUAAUCAUUCCGAUUGAUGUUUUCCGAUAUCGUCUCCCGUAAUCCGCGGUGUUAUUAUUACUAUUAUUAUUAUUAUUAUUAAUAUAGUGCACUAUUAACAUUAUUAUUAUUAUUAUUAUUAUUAUUAUUACUAUUAUUAUUAUCGUUGUACGAGUAGUUGCGGAUCACAUGGUUUAAGUUCCUCGAUAACGGUUAUCAUUGYCUGUCGUGUCCAUUACGGUUGUGUCGCGGUGGUGWAGACGGUGUUGUUGUUGUCUAUGCACAAAGCCACAAAGCCCCAGUGUUGUUAUUGUCGGAUAUCGUUGUCGCCGCGUCCGUUCAUCAAAUUUUGGUUUCCCCAUCGCCGGAUAGCCGUCGCGCUCGCACGCUCCGUCGUUUCGUCGGAUCCGAUCGUCGUCGUCGUGCUUUACAAAGUGGUUCACAUCGUCAGCGGUUUCUUCAUCGGUGACGUCCGUCGUUGGGGCCGCCGCGAACAGCGUCGUUGCCGCGACGAUCGUUGGCAGUGUACAACAACUGCAGUCGUUGGGGACACGGACACAACAAGUGGCUGACAUCCGGUGCAAGAACCGAAAUCCUCACGAAAUACGUGCAUGAGGUCUCAAACUGGAAAGAAGCCAUUUCCAUGUAAGGCCCAUUUAAAUUUUUCAUGGUUAAUGUCAAAUUUAAAUGUACACAUGAGUUCUCGAACGGGAGAGAAACCAUAUACAUGUGAGGUCUGCUCAAAAUCAUUUACUCUAAACCAGCAACUAAUUACUCACAUGAGGUCUCACACUGGAGAGAAGCCUUUUUCAUGUGAGGUUUGCUUAAAACCUUUCUCUACAAAUGGCAAUUUAAAAAUACACAUGAGGUCUCAUACAGGGGAGAAACCAUUUUCAUGUGAUGUCUGCUUAAAAACGUUUACUCUAAAUCAGCAACUAAUAACUCACAAAAGGUCUCAUACCGGAGAGAAGCCAUUUUCUUGUGAAGUAUGUCUAAAAUGUUUCUCCACAAAUGGCAAUUUGAAAGUACACAUGAGGUCUCACACUGGAGAAAAACCAUUUUCGUGUGAGGUUUGUCUAAAAUCAUUUACUCUAAACCAGCAACUAAUUACUCACAUGAAGUCACAUACGGGAGAGAAAUCAUUUUCGUGUGAAGUAUGUCUAAAAUCAUUUCCUGUUAACGGUUCAUUAAUCAAACACAUGAGAGUCCAUGCAGAGAAAAAGCCAUUUUGUGAUCCAUGUAAAAAAUGUUUUCCCCAAAAUGGUCAGCUUGUAAGUCAUACAAGAAUUCAGGAGGACCCAAGGAUGUUAGAGGACAGUGCUAAUUGUAUGAUGUCGACUUACAAAAAAUCCUUUAAUUUAAACAGUAAUAUUUAUUAAUUGACUGUUCAAAACAAAACAAUAAAUUGUCUAUAAUAUAAGUUUCUAACAUUUAAU